UAUGAUAACACGUUAGGACAUUACCUCUUGGUAGUCACUUUACAUACCUUUGAGCCUCUCAUCAUUGUAGAUCUUCUUGGUCUGAUUCCAUGUGCUAUCAAUGAACACAACAGUGUCAUAUGGACUGGUGUACUUAUCUCCUAUAUACCAGCACACUGGGUCUUGUCUGUUGUGAUAUCUGUUUUUAUCACUUUACAUGGUGGUUCCUUUAUUUCAUCGCUAGCUUCUGUGUCCUGGAUGGUGCUGUCAUCUUUAUGUAGAGGUGCACAUUGUUUUAUAAGUUGCUCAAAUGUUAGAGAUUCCUUACAGGGAAACACCAAAAGUGUCU